ACUUACCUCAGUACUGGGUACUCGGUACUCCGGCUUACCUUGACAAUGAAAGUGAAUUGGACAAUGUAGACGCGAUCUAUUCGUAUAAAAACCGGAGCACCUCCUGUCAAAAUUAUUCAGUUGCCAACAUUUGCAGAAUAAACAUGUACGCCAAGUUGAUCGUCGCUCUUUGCGCCCUGGGUGUGGCCCGCGCCAGCGGUGUCUACGAAGCCGCCCCUCUGGCUUACAGCGCCCACGCUAUCGCCGCCCCAGCUGUAGUGACCAAGACCAUCACCCCCGCGGUGUCCUCCGUAUCUUCCUACUCGACCCACACCGCUCACGGUGGUGAAAUCUCGUACGCCGCUGCCCCCGUCGUCGCUAAGGCCUACGCCGCCCCCAUCGUCGCCAAGACCUACGCCGCUCCCGCCGUCGCUGCGUACGCCGCGCCCGUGGCUACCUACGCCGCUGCCCCCGCUGCCGUCGUCACCAAGACCAUCUCCCCCGCUGUGAGCUCCAUCUCCUCCUACUCCACCAGCACCUCUCACGGUUCCCCCGUCGCCACUUACGCCGCUGCCCCCGUUGUGGCUAAGGCCGUCGCUCCCGUUGCCUACGCCGCUCCCGCUGUGGCUGCGUACGCUGCCCCCGCUGUGGUGACCAAGACCAUCUCCCCCGCCGUCUCCUCCGUGUCUGCCUACUCCACCCACACCGCUCACGGUGCCGCGUACGCUCCCGCUGCGUACUCCGCCUACGCCGCUCCCGCUGUGGCGUACUCCGCUCCCCUGGUCAAGACCUACGCCGCCGCUCCCUUGGUAGCUAAGACCUACGCCGCUGCCCCCGUCGCCACCUACGCCCACGCCGCUCCCGUCCUCAAAUCCGUAGCGUACUCCGCUGCCCCCGCCGUCUCUCACAUCGAAUACAGCGGUCACGGUGCUAACUACGGUUGGUUCGUGAUACUUCUGUACGCCGGGUACGUGUGUGGUAUCAGUUUGAAUCCUGGAUCUCAAAAUGGACCGGCAUCACCAUCCCCUGCUGCAGACACUUCUCCAGGACAGGAUCAUCUCGCAGUACCUUCUGACACUUCCUACAAUUCAGUGACACCACCAUCAACCUCGUAUUUACCUACACCGUCUCUAGCCUUCGAAUUGAAACCGGCCGUAGUGGAUAAUAUUGUUGAGAAAUUCCCGAGCAGAAACGUACCCGUGCAAUCUUAUGGAGCACCUGGAGGACAGCAAAAACCUGUUACGUUUACAGCGUCUGUGGCCUCGGAUCCUUCUUCUCCCGAAUAUAGUAAUAUUCUUGAAAGGUAUGCGCCCUCUGUGCCCCCAAUACAGCCAUACUUCGCAGUUCCUCUUUCGGCUAAAACUGUAUCGGUUGGUUUUGAUCAAAGUAACGGCCAAGUUCAAGGUAACGCACAAGCUGGAUACGGCCAGAUUUCCAGACCUUAUUUUGUUUAUAACAACGUUGGCCAAGCUCAAGCUGGAUAUGCCCAAAAUGUCCCUGUACUUGUAUACCAACAAGCUGGCCAAGCCCAAAGCAACGCGCAAGCAGGAUACGGCCAGAAUGUCAGACCUGCUCUAGCAUACAAUGCUGGCCAAGCUCAAGGCCAAGCGCAAGCUGGACAUACCCAGAAUGCCGGACAUGGACUGGUAUAUAGUAACGCUGGCCAAGCGCAAGCUGGAUAUGCCCAGAAUGCCGGACCUGCUCUAGCAUACAAUAAUGCUGGCCAAGCUCAAGGUCAAGCGCAAUCUGGACACACCCAGAAUGCCGGACAUGGACUAGUAUACAGUAACGCUGGCCAAGCACAAGGUCAAGUGCAAUCUGGAUAUGCCCAGAAUGCUGGACCUGCACUGGCAUACAAUAACGCUGGCCAAGCGCAAGCUGGACAUACCCAGAAUGCCGGACAUGGACUGGUAUACAGUAACGCUGGCCAAGCUCAAGGUCAAGCGCAAAUUAGAUAUGCCCAGAAUGCUGGACCUGCACUGGCAUACAAUAACGUUGGCCAAGCUCAAGGUCAAGCGCAAUCUGGACAUACCCAGAAUGCCGGACAUGGACUGGUAUACAGUAACGCUGGCCAAGCGCAAGGUCAAGCGCAAAUUAGAUAUGCCCAGAAUGCCAGAACUGUAUCAAUGUACAAUAAUGCUGCCCAACAAAGCCCACAGCAACUAGUUCCCUAUACAGUAAACAAAGCAACACUUGAGUCUUACGGAUCAGUUAAUGCUCACCCUCCUACUCUUCAACGUAAUGAACAACUUGCUCAAGCGGUCGCUUACGCCGCCAACUAUAAUUCUGGUGCCGAAAGGCAAUAUCAAUUAGUUCCCUAUUCUGUGAAUAAUGCGAAUGUCCAGUCUCAAUCUGCUGCUGUGUCUACGUACCAAGUGAAUCGUGGUCAGGCUGUCAAUCCUCCCCAAGGGCAGUACGUUCCUCAACCAAACCUUGCUUACGCUGUUAAUCCCGUUGUUCCUGUACCAGUCGUGCCUCCUGUAGCUGUACCAGUUCUUUCAGUUGCACCAAAGAAAGUUGCAAUUGAAGCGUAUAGUACUGUUACCAAUCAUGGUGCACCAGCUCCUAAAUACGCUCCAGCUCCUAUACCAGUUCCAGUGAUCUUCCAACAAUUGGAGCCGAGUGUUCAACCUGUCGCUGUUUUGGCUAAAGCUCCCGCUGCUACAUUAGUGCAAGUACCAGUUAGUGGUCAACCUAUUCCUUUGUCGGCUAUUGCUCCUGGUACGGGGGUGCGCUACCAGCCUGUGUCUGUUUCUGGGGGACAAGAAGGUGGUUAUGGCAAAGCUUUAGUAUUCUCUCCCGCAUCAGAAGUUUCCCGUGUUACCUUCAACGGUUUGGGGCGAGAGCAAGUGCUCCAAAAAGUACACACGACAACCACAUCCAUUACAAACAUGUACUCCAAGGUCAUAGUCUUCCUGUGCGCGGCGAGCCUCGCCUCCGCCGGCCACCUCCUCCAGGCUGCUGCCCCUGUGGCAUACAGCUCAGCGCCCGCCGUCUCCUCCGUGUCGUUCUCCUCUCACACCUCGCACGCUCCCGUCGCGACCUACGCCGCCGCUCCCGUCGUCGCCAAGACCUACGCUGCCCCCGCCUACGCCACCUACGCCGCUGGUCCCGUCGUAGCUAAGACCUACGCCGCUCCCGCCUACGCCACUUAUGCUGCUGCUCCUGUCGUAACCAAGAGCUACGCUCCAUCAGUGUCUUACCAGUCCAUCUCUACUCACUCUUCUGACGUCGCGUACGCCAAGACCUACGCUGCACCCGCGGUCACCACCUAUGCUGCCGCCCCCAUCGUUGCCAAGAGCUACGCUGCCCCUGCUGUCGCCACCUACUCUGCUCCAGUCUACGCCAAAUCUAUCUCUCCGGCUGUCUCCUACUCUUCUUACUCCAGCCACUCUGCUCCUCUGACCUACGCCGCGGCUGCUCCCAUUGUCACCAAGACAUACGCCGCUCCUGCUUACUCUACAUACGCCGCUGCUCCCAUCGUGACCAAGACUCUUGCCCCAGCAGUGUCUUACUCUUCCUACUCUUCCCACUCCGCACCUGUGGCCUACGCCGCCGCUCCCGUGGUAACUAAGACCUACGCCGCUCCCGCCGUCACCACCUACGCCGCCGCUCCCGUCGUAGCUAAGACCUACGCCGCCCCAGCAGUCGCCACUUACGCUGCUGCUCCCGUCCUCAAGUCUGCUGUGGCCUACUCUGCCGCCCCCGCUGUUGCUCACGUGUCAUACUCUAGUCUUGGAUCCAACUACGGUUGGUAAAUAAUGGAUUAUUAAUUUAUUUGUAGUAAAUAAUGUAAAUAAUCAUAUCAUGUAAAUAUGAAUGUGUACUCGAAAAACAAAACGAAAUAAAAACAAAUAAAACCUA